AUGGUUACAACAAAGCAUGGGCGGGGUACAGCCCAAAGUACCCCGUGGGCCUCCUCAUCCGCCUACGACAAAAAGAAGGAUGGGAAACCUGGUGGAACCACUAUUCAUGAAAAUGAUACUUAUGACGGCCAUAAACGACCUGAUAAAAAGUGGAUAAACCAGUUUACGGGUGAUCGAGUUAGGGUCUCGACAUGGAAUGUUGGGAGUAUGACGGGAAGAGCGGGAGAAGUCGUCGAUGUAUUGCACAGAAGACAUAUAGAUGUGUGCUGCAUACAGGAGACUAGAUGGAAAGGAAAUGGGACCAGAAUGAUUGGCAAGACUAACGAAAAGUAUAAAUUCUUUUGGCAAGGAGGUAAUGAUGGUAAGGCUGGAGUUGGGGUAUUGGUUGCGGAGAAAUUGGUAGACAAAGUAGUCGAAGUGAGAAGGCUAGACAACCAGAUAAUGGUUAUCAAGAUGAUUUUUGGUAGAAAGCUAUAUAAUAUUAUCUCGGCAUAUGUUCCUCAGGUUGGAAGAAGUGAAGAAGAGAAAGAUAUAUUUUGGGACAGUCUAUUGGGGGUGACAUCGAGACUGGCAAAUGAAGAAGGGAUUAUCCUGGCUGGUGAUCUGAAUGGACAUGUGGGAGCAAGUAGUGAGGGUUAUGAAGGAGUACAUGGAGGGGUUACGGCAUGA